AUGUCCACCUCAACUCCCCCUCUAACAACAACACCCAUUACCAACAACCCCGAAAACGACAAAAUGCCCCAACCAAACUCCCUCAAACUCACCCUCAUCCUCGCCGCCACACCCUCCCUCGGCAUCGGCAAAAACGGGACUCUCCCCUGGCCCCAGCUGCGCAAGGAAAUGGGCUAUUUCGCACGCGUCACAAAGUACGUCCCUCCCUCCGCGGGGACAGGAGGAAGUAAACCGAUCAAGACGAUAAACGCAGUCGUUAUGGGGCGCAAGACAUGGGACAGCAUACCCGCCAAGUUCCGGCCAUUGAAAGGGAGGGUAAAUGUUGUCAUCUCCAGGACGUUGAAGGCUACUACUCCCUAUCCCCCGUCCCCUGCAUCAUCGAACCCCUUCCAACAAACACCCCAAAACAACAAAAUAGAGGAAGGAGGAGGGGAAGAAGGCCCGAUCAUAACGCCCACACUCGACAGCGCUCUCGAGAUUCUGCAAUCCCUUUCAUCUUCUUCUUCGCUAGCAUCCGCUUCUUCGACGGCUGGGGAGGCUGGUCCCCGCGUGGAAAUCGCGCGCACUUUCGUCAUCGGCGGCGCGCAGCUCUAUACUGCGUCCCUUGCGCUUCCGCAGACCGAUCGGAUUCUCCUGACGAGGAUAAGGCAGGAGUUUGAGUGUGAUACGUUUUUCCCCGUGGAACUCUCCGAUGAUGUGGAAGGCGGUGGCGGCGGCGGGAACGGCGAGGCAGGGCGGUGGAGCAGAUGCAAUAAUGAUGAAUGGGGGUCUUGGACUGGGGAAAGUGAGGCUGGUAAGGUUGGCGUAGUGGAGAGCGAGGCAGGUGUUGGGUUUGAGUUUGGUAUGUGGGUGAGGUAGAUGAAGGGUGGAAGGUCAUCAUAGUACUAGUGUUGAUGUGAGUGCGAUCAAUGAGAUUCGGUACGACACAGUACGUUGAAAAGAAGGGAAGAAUAUAGGACCAGAUGCAUUUAGUGAAGUAGCACAUAGUACAGGUUAUAGUCAACUCUGUUUGAAGACAGCACACGCUCAUUGGUCACGUGACCAAUAUCCCGUACAAUAUACGAGAAGCAUUGUCCGCCGUGCUGCUCCAUCAUUCAAUCAAUCAACAUAUUUCAAAAAUUUCAUUGUUGUAUGGUACAGUGAAAACAUCAACCCAACGAAAUUGUUGUAUAAAAACGAAGUACCUAGUUAUAUUUGAGAAGAGAGCAGAGUGGGUUGUAUGUUUGAAGUGAGCAGACCAAGGUGGAAGAAACAAAAGAACAUGCAAAUUGCCGAAUUUGUCGGAGGGGAUAUCUCAGAAGUAGAACCAAAAACCCCUCAAAAAAAAACCAUGAACGAAAAAAAAGAAACGCCCAACACCAAAGUAACACCCGGAAACAACAACUUAUUCCAUGACACACCAACCCAUACAAUCAAUUGAUCGCUAACAGACCAAUCCAC